AUGUUCAGAACAGGCAUUUUAUCUCGACCCGUAACAAGGUCCGUCGUCUCGGUGCUCGCUAUAGGCUCCGGAGCCUACAUCACCCAAUCCUUCCUCUCAACCGCCUACGCAGAGUCAAAAGAAGCCCCCAAAGCCUUCUCAGGCUUCGGUUUCACAACUCUACGUCUGCACAGCACCAAAGAUGUAAACCACAACACGAAAAGACUGGUCUUCGAAUAUUCAGACCCCACUGCCACCAGCGGUCUCUCCCUAACAUCCUCACUCCUAACAUUGACUCGCCCGGAAGGACGAUGGCUCCCCGUCCCACGACCAUACACACCCAUCAGCGAUCUAGACCAAGAAGGCUACAUCGAAUUCAUGGUGAAGAAAUACCCAAACGGCAAAGCUAGCACGCACAUCCACUCCCUCGUCCCAGGCGACACCCUCACAUUCGCAACUGCAUUGAAAGGACACCAGUGGACACCCAAUCAAGCCCGUCAGGUCUACCUUAUUGCCGGCGGCGCUGGGAUCACGCCAAUCUACCAGCUAGCGCAGGGAAUCCUGAAGAAUCCCGCUGAAAAGACGAAGAUCAAUCUUGUUUUCGGGGUUAAUACUGAGCAGGAUUUACUGCUCAGAGAGGAAUUGGAGGUGUUUAAGAACCGGUAUCCGGAUCGGUUUGAGUAUACUUAUGUUGUUAGUCAUCCUGAGGGAGGGGCUGAUGGGUUCCAGAAGGGUUAUGUUACGCAAGAGUUGUUGAAGGGUAUCAUGAAGGAUGGGGAUGCGAAGGUCUUUGUUUGUGGGCCGCCUGCUAUGGAGAAGGCUUUGGUUGGACCGUGUGGGAGAGCUGGGAUUCUGGCUCAGCUUGGGUUUAACAAGAGUCAGAUUGUGAAUUUUUAG